AAGGAGCUCCAGCGCAUCCCUGGCCGAGAUGUCCUGCUACGAGCUGUGCCCCCCCAAAGCCAGCGUGGCUGUGCCCAAGCCCAGCGUGGCUGUGCCCCAGCCCAUCGCCGAGAGCUGCAACGAGCUGUGCGCCCGCCAGUGCCCCGACUCCACGGCCUUCAUCCAGCCGCCCCCCGUGGUGGUCACCUUCCCCGGCCCCAUCCUCAGCUCCUUCCCCCAGCAAGCCGUGGUGGGCUCCGCCGGAGCCCCCGCCUUUGGGGGCUCCCUGGGGCUGGGGGGCCUCUACGGCCAAGGGGCCACCCAGGCCUCGGGGGGCCUCUGCACCUUUCCCACAGCCUGCGCUGCUCCCGCCUGCAGCCCUUGGCUCCUGCCCCGCUACUCCAGGAAAAUCUGCUAAAGCCUCACCCAGCAGCCCUACAGCCCUUUGGGGCUCUCAGCCUCUCUCCUCCCCUCUUUCCUCCUCUCCUGUCCCUCUCCCCAUGACUCCUCUCCCCCUCCUGCCCGUGCC